GUGUCGGGAUUGGGAUGAGGUGGCAGUAAACACCGGAAGCCGGACGUGUUUAUAAGCAGCCGCUAAGCUAACGAGCUAACUGAAGUGACACCGCGCGAGUUGAAGUUUUCCCCCGAUUCCCUCCGAGUCUGAGGCCGCAGAGUUUCUCAGGAUGAGUCUUCAGUGGACGGCGGUGGCCACCUUCCUCUACGCAGAGGUCUUCUUCGUUCUGCUGCUCUGCAUCCCCUUCAUCUCCCCCAAGAGGUGGAGUAAGAUCUUCAAGUCUCGUAUCGUACAGACCAUCGCUCUGUAUGGAAACACGUCGUUCAUGGUGGCCAUCGCCAUCCUCGUCUUCCUGCUCAUCGACGCGUUUCGUGAGGUCAGGAAGUACAGUGUGCCGGAGAAGGUGGACCUGACCAACAACCCGAACGCCAUCGAACACAUUCACAUGAAACUGUUCAGAGCUCAGAGGAACGAGUACAUCGCCGGCUUCGCCCUGCUGCUGUGCCUGUUACUGCGUCGUCUGGCCACUCUGCUCUCCCAGCAGGCUUCUCUCAUGGCCUCCAACGAAGCCUUCAAGAAGCAGGCGGAGGGCGCCAGCAACGCCGCGAAGAAAUACAUGGAGGAGAAUGAAGAACUGCAAGAGAAACUGCGUAAUGCUGGUAUCGAUGUGCCGGAGGCCGGGAAGAAGGGAGCAGGACCACAGGAGGAGAACAAGAAUCUGAAAGAGGAGGUGAAGACUCUGAAGGAGGAGCGAGACGCCUGCAAGAAAGCUCUGCAGAAGUCGGACAGUGACGUUCGAGCGAUGAAGAAACAGGCGGAGAACCUGACGGUGGAAUACGACAGACUGCUGGAGGAGCACAGCAAGCUGCUGGCGACCAGCGACAAGAAGUCAGACUGAGGAGGAGAAACAGUUUCCAGCUUCUCUCAUCUUCAUCUUCAUCACCUUCGACGUCCCCAGCUUCUGUUUCCACCUCGACGUCCUGCACAGCGAUGUGAUGUCACUUCCUCUCUGGCUGUGAUUGCUUCAUUAGACUGUUCGAGCUUUUUCAGAAGAUAAAAAAAACUCUUCACUCGUGUUUCUGUUGGACUUUUUGUUUCUUGUUCACAGAUUUUUUUUCUGUCAGUCAAACGGUUCCUCCGUCUGAAACGAUCAUAACUGAUCGGAUCUGAUCAUUCCCUGUUUCCUGCUGAAAGGGACGAGUUUCAUUCCAAAAUAAAAGCUCCAAUGGUUUUAUAAAAAACAUUCGUCUGGCGUCUCAGACGAUUGUUUCUCACAUUCUGGGUUAAAAGUGUCCAAACAGAAACCAUCUUCAGACUCGGAUCAGAAAUCACCUGGUGAAUGUCGGGUUGUGAAUUUAUCCUGAAUGUUUCCGUUUUAUUUCUGAUUUGAAUGAAAUUCCCUGAACUCGGACGAAGAAUCUUGUCUCGAAGUUCGAUGCUCUGACGACCAACAUGGGGUCAAAGGCCGCGUCUCUUUAAAGGAGUGAAACCUUUCAUGUUCUGACUCUUGAGUGUUUACUUUUCUUGUUGUGGGUUCAACCUCACUUUUUUUCUUUGCUUUGCUCUAGCUCUGCCCACACUGAUGUGUUGUAGUUUUGAAACUCAUCCCUGUUGCUAUGGUUACGCCUGCCGUCCACACGACUGGAGUUUUCCAGCCUUUGAAUCAGAGACUUGUGUAAACUGGUCUCGUUUUAGUUUGAAAACUCUGGGUUUGUGUUUUAAUCUGAACAGAAACUGAGACUUUAGUAAACGCCGACGUCCACGUUCUCUUCCUGAUUGGUUCUCGUCAGUCACAUGACUCGACUACCAGCGGUGAAUACAAAGCGUUUCCAACACUUCCUGUCAGUAACAGUUCCACCUCGUUAAACCCUGCUCUCACUUUCCACCGUCACUCUGUAACCAAGCAACCAACUGUUUACAUCACAUGACCAGUGGACAUGAAUGGUCAGGUGUCGUGUGUCGGUGAGGACAGGAAGUUUUAAAAUGAAAACAUGUCAGUGUGGGCGGAGCCGUGUUCUGACGACACAAGAUAUUUUGUUUCACACUUUAAACUUUAAAACCUUGUUUGUUCUGUUGGUGGAGGAAGAAUCACAUGGUGUUUGUAUCGAAAGACGAUUGGACAGUUUGAUCACAUGUAGAAAACGUCUGCUCAGCUGAAUGUGAACGAUUGCGUGAAAAGGUUCGUACCAAACAUGAUCAGCGUCUGUUUUCAAAGAUGGCCGACACAGGGUCUCAGUUGUUAAUAAUGACAUUAAAACCAAACUCAUCAGAAACAGGAAUAUGCACGUGUGUAACUUCUCGUCGUCGUCCGUCUUUAUUCACAGCCGCUGGUUUCCUGAGACCUGAUGUGAAAAGGUUGAUCUGUAUGUGAAAGUUCAUGUGAGGUUCAUGGAUCAUGUGUCAUCGUUUGAUAGAAAAUAAACUGUCGACUCUG